UAGAUUUUAGAACGAAAACAAGCGAAAAGUAUAUUGACAAAGUGAAUGUAGUGGAAAUCGACAGGGAAAUAUUUUGCAUUUCUUAAUGAAGAGAACGGAAAUCAUGUCGACGACAUCGAUUGUGCAACAAUUUGUGACGGGACUCAAAUCCCGAAAUCGCGUUGUGCAAAGCAAGGCUGCACAAGAUCUAUUCCUCUAUGUCAAGACCGAACUGCGUGAAAUGUCCCAGGAGGAGUUGGUACAGUUCUUCGAUGACUUUAAUCAUCAGAUAUUUAGUAUGGUUAUGUCUACCGACAUAAAUGAGAAGAAGGGUGGCGUAUUGGCCAUAAAGUGCCUAAUUAGUGGCGAUGUUGUGAAUACAAUGAAGCGAAUAACUCCGUAUUAUAAUCAUUUGCGUGAUUUGCUGCCUUGCAACGAUGUCUCGGUCAUGGAAAUUGCAGCACGCACCCUGGUUAAGUUGGCCAACUUGCCGGGUUCCAAGGGUGCAGAAUCCUUUGAAUUCGAUAUAAAAAGAGCAUUUGAAUGGCUAAGCGGCGACCGACACGAAUAUCGCCGUCAUGCUGCGGUUUUUAUUCUACGAGAAUUAGCCGUCGCAAUGCCCACAUAUUUUUAUCAACAAAUUUCCACAUUCUUUGAUCAUAUUUUCAAUGCAAUUUUUGAUCCUAAACCCGCUAUACGUGAAUCAGCCGGUGAGGCAUUGAGAGCUGCCUUAAUUGUCACUGCACAACGUGAAAACACAAAACAAUCAAGUGAACCGCAAUGGUAUAAAAUUUCAUAUGCUGAGGCGCUAAAAAGUUUCAAUGAAGAUAUAAAUGUUACACAAAAAGAACCAAAAGGUAUGACACGGGAUGAUCGUAUCCACGGUAGCAUGAUUAUAUUUAACGAACUAUUCCGUUGUUCAAAUGCGGCAUGGGAACGACGAUACAACACUCUGAAAGCCUUAUUGCCUGACACAAUGUCUGGCAAAUUGGGAGAUGGCUCUGCUGCCUCAUAUGUAAACGCUGGAAAUGGCGGUAGUAGUUCGGGCACUAGCAGCCAUCAAUUGACAACAAUAGUACCUCGCUUGAAGGCACCAUUUGUUAAAAAAUUGGGAUCUACUCGUUUAGUAGAGUUGGGGGAGAGUCAACAAGGCAGUCACAAAUUUACUGGGUCCAAUGUCCUUGAAUCGUCGUAUGCCCGUGAAGUCAUAAUGGAACACUACACAGUUAUCUGUGAUCACAUUAUAGAGCAAAGACUAUCUAAGUCCACAUAUGUCCAACAGGCCUUGUUACAAAUUCUACCUCGUUUGGCAGCAAUAAAUCGUGAAGUCUUCGUACAAAAAUAUUUAAACAAGUGUAUAAGUCAUCUGCUGAAUGUUCUCAAAAGCAAAGAGAAGGACCGUAAUGUCGCCUAUAUUACGAUUGGCUUUAUAGCUGUUGCCGUGGAACGUGACAUAAAUAAACAUUUGAAGACAAUAAUGUCAGCUAUUAAAAUGGCAUUACCCGCUAAGGAUGCCACAAAUAAACGUAAAACAGUGAUAGAUCCGGCAAUAUUUGCCUGUAUAACACUGCUGGCGAAUGCGGUUAAGGCUGGUAUAACUGAAGAUAUUGGUGAAAUUUUGGAGCAAAUGUUUUCCACAGGUCUAUCGCCAGCAUUGACAGUAUGUCUAAGGGAACUGGCAGAGAAUGUACCGGAUUUAAAAUCUGCCAUUGCAGAGGGUUUAAUUGGCAUAUUAUCGCAAAUACUGAUGAACAAACCAGUUGCAACGGCGUAUGGUACAAUCAUGCCCAUGAGUUCUUCUAUGGAUUCGUCAAUGCAUCUGUCACAGGAUGUGGCAACAAUUGUCUUGGCCUUGCGUACUUUAGGCACAUUUAAUUUCGAAGAACAAAACAUGUUGGAUUUUGUACAAAGAUGUGCCGAUUAUUUCAUAAAUCACGAACAACAGGAAAUACGCUUGGAAGCUGUACAAACCUGUACCCGCCUUCUGAAGUUGGCCGUACAACAAGCCGACAGUAGCGAAAAUUCCAAAACUCUCAGUGACACGGUGUCGCAUGUAAUUGAACGCCUGCUUAUUGUGGCCAUAACCGAUAUGGAUUGCAAUGUACGUGUACGUAUCCUACGUUCACUGGAUGAGACAUUUGAUGCAGAGUUGGCACAACCAGAAUCACUAAGUGCCCUCUUCAUAACAUUGAACGACGAGAUCUUUGAAAUUCGUGAAUUGGCUAUGGUCACAAUUGGACGUUUAUCUGCCAUGAAUCCGGCCUAUGUUAUGCCAAAAUUGAGACGUGUUUUGUUACAGCUACUUACCGAACUGGAACACUCUGGUAUGAGCCGUAACAAGGAGCAGAGUGCCCGAAUGUUGGAUCAUUUAGUCAUUAGUACACCACGAUUAAUAUCAUCCUAUAUGAAUCCAAUAUUGACCAUUUUGGUGCCCAAAUUACGUGAGCCCGAAUCAAAUCCAGGCGUCAUAUUAAAUGUGUUACGAGCCGUGGGUGAUUUAGCUGAAGUCAAUGGUGGUUCUAAUGAAAUGGAACUGUGGGCAGAUGAAUUACUUUCCAUUCUAUUGGAAAUGUUGGGUGAUGCUGGAUCACCCGACAAACGUGGUGUUGCCCUAUGGACUUUGGGCCAAUUGAUAAGUGCUACAGGACGAGUCGUUACACCCUAUCACAAAUAUCCCGUAUUGAUUGAUAUUCUCAUUAAUUUCCUCAAAACCGAACAACGUAGAUCAAUACGUAGGGAGACCAUCAGGGUACUUGGUUUAUUGGGCGCCAUGGAUCCUUACAAACACAAAAUGAAUAAGGGUCUGAUUGACAGCCAAAAAGACAGCGUCCUCAUUUCACUUUCCGACUACAAGGUGGAAGAGAAUCAGGAUAUAUCAACAGCCGAACUAUUGGUGAAUAUGGGCAACAUUCUGGACGAAUACUAUCCAGCAGUGGCCAUUGCUGCUCUAAUGCGUAUUUUGCGCGAUCCCACCCUAUCCAGCCGUCAUACAAGUGUGGUGCAGGCUGUUACCUAUAUCUUUCAAAGUUUAGGCAUCAAAUGUGUACCGUAUUUGUCUCAAGUUUUGCCUAGCCUCUUGGAAAAUGUCCGAACUGCCAAUAAUAAUUUGAGAGAAUUCUUGUUCCAACAGUUGGCCAUACUGGUUGAGAUUGUGCGACAACACAUUAUUACCUACAUGAAUGACAUCUUCAAAUUGAUCAAGGAGUUCUGGACCAACAAUACUCCCCUACAAGUUACUUUGAUUAAUUUAAUUGAGCAGAUUGCAGUAGCGUUGGGCGGCGAGUUUCGCAAUUAUUUGGCCCAAUUGAUACCACAGAUUUUGAGAGUUCUUCAACACGACAAUUCCAAAGAUCGUAAUGUCACUCGGCGUCUUCUACAAGCGUUGCAAAAGUUUGGCAAUAAUUUGGAUGACUAUUUGCAUUUAAUUGUACCGCCCAUAGUGAAACUGUUCGAUUCGCCCUAUGUACCACAACAGGUUUCCCAUUGUGCCCUGGAGACUAUCGACAAUUUGGCAUGGAAUUUAGACUUUACCGAUUUCUCCUCGCGUAUCGUACAUCCGUUGGUUAGGGUGUUGGACACUGAUGCUGAGCUAAGAGAUCAGGCUAUGUCCACCCUGUGUUCGUUGGUUAUCCAACUGGGCAAGAAGUAUUUGGUAUUUGCCCCCUUGGUUAAUCGCACCAUCGCUAAGCACAGAAUUGUGAAUCCCCAAUACGAAAAGCUAAUGGCUAAACUGCAAUCAAAUACCACCAUGUGUUUCGAAGAGGAGUUCCUUAUGCGACAGGCAAAAUUCAAACAGAACACAGCUGCCAAUGUGAUGAGUGAUGCCAACACCACCAUAAAAAAAUUGAACGUCUCCACCAAGCAACUGUGCAUGGCUUGGCAGGUAAAUCGUCGUGUCUCCAAAGACGAUUGGGUUGAAUGGUUAAAACGUCUGUCUAUCGGCCUGCUGAGGGAAUCACAGUCACAUGCACUGCGUGCCUGUCGUGUGCUUGCCGAAGAUUAUGACAAACUACUGAGGGAUCUCUUUAAUGCCGCAUUCAUAUCGUGUUGGUCCGAAUUAAAACCAGAACAUAAAAAUGAAUUGACUCAGUCGCUAAUACAAGCUUUACAAGUCACCGAUAUGCCCGAAAUUACGCAGACCAUUUUAAAUUUGGCCGAAUUCAUGGAACAUUGUGACAAAGAUCCCAUAUUAAUUGAUCCCAAAUUAUUGGGCACACGCGCCAUGGCUUGUCGCGCCUACGCCAAGGCUUUACGUUACAAGGAGGAAGAAUUUAUGACUCACAAGGAUCCUCAUGUUUUCGAGUCCCUGAUUUUAAUUAACAACAAACUGCAACAAAAAGAAGCUGCAGAAGGUUUGCUGACCACCUAUCGCAAUUCCGUAGGAAGUGAAAAUCCUCGAUUUAAAGAUGAACUUAAAGUUCAGGGUAGAUGGUAUGAAAAGUUACACAAUUGGGAUCAAGCUCUAAUACAUUAUCAGAGGAAUUUACGUCAAGAUAACGGCGAUAUUGAAUCCCGUCUAGGCAGUAUGCGUUGUCUGGAAGCUUUGGGCGAAUGGUCUCAGUUAAGCAGGGUGUCCAAGCAGGAAUGGGAUACCUUAAAUAAAGAUAUAAAGUCAAAGGCAGCUCCCCUGGCUGCUGUGGCCUCCUGGGGUCUGCAGGAUUGGGAAUCAAUGCAGGAAUACGUAAAAUGUAUACCCGAAGAUACACAGGAUGGUUCCUUCUAUAGAGCUGUGCUCGCUGUACACCACGAUGAGUUCGAGUUAGCUCAACGGUUAAUAGACGAAACUCGCGAUUUACUCGACACCGAAUUGACAUCCAUGGCUGGAGAAUCCUAUGAACGGGCCUACGGCGCCAUGGUUUGCGUACAAAUGUUGGCCGAGUUGGAAGAAGUUAUACAAUACAAGCUGAUACCAGAACGACGGGAGCCUCUUAAGAAUAUGUGGUGGAAACGAUUGCAGGGUGGUCAACGGUUGGUCGAAGAUUGGCGCCGUAUAAUACAAGUCCAUUCAUUGGUGGUACGUCCUCAUGAGGAUAUACACACAUGGCUGAAAUAUGCCUCCCUUUGCCGUAAAUCCGGUUCCUUGCAACAGUCACACAAAACAUUGGUCAUGUUACUAGGUGUGGAUCCCACAGAAAAUCCCAGCGAUCCUUUGCCCUACAACUUACCGCAAGUGACCUAUGCCUAUACCAAACACAUGGCAGCGUCCGACAAUAUGCAAGGUGCUUAUGAUCAACUCAGUCGCUUUGUCAACACAUAUAGUAGCCAGCUGAAUUGUAUGCCAGAUGCUUAUAAACAAGAGGAUCAUCGUCUAUUGGCCAGGUGUUACCUUCGUUUGGCCACUUGGCAAAACAAAUUGCAAGGCUUAGACCCAGAUGCUGUUCAGGGAGCCUUGGAAUGCUUUGAAAAAGCAGCUGAAUACGAUCCGAAUUGGUAUAAGGCUUGGCACUUGUAUGCCUACAUGAACUUUAAGGUUGUUCAGGCCCAGAAACAAGCUUUGGAAAAUCUGAAAUCACCCAUGGAUCUACACAAUACAGCCCUGUUACUUGAAAAAGAGAAAAUGAUCAUAGAACAGUAUGCAGUGCCAGCUGUACAUGGCUUCUUCCGCUCGAUUAGUCUUAUUAAGGGUAACUCCUUGCAAGAUACCCUGCGUCUGCUUACUCUAUGGUUUGAUUAUGGCCACCACUCGGAAGUGUAUGAUGCUCUGCUAUCAGGUAUGAAACUGAUUGAAAUCAAUACCUGGUUACAGGUUAUACCACAGUUGAUAGCUCGCAUCGACACACACCGCAAUUUAGUGGGCCAAUUGAUCCAUCAACUGUUGAUUGACAUUGGAAAGAAUCAUCCACAGGCCUUGGUAUAUCCCUUGACUGUGGCUUCGAAGUCUGCCUCGAUGGCACGUAAAAAUGCAGCGUUUAAAAUUCUCGAUUCUAUGCGAAAACAUUCCCCCACUUUGGUGGAACAGACCAUGAUGAUAAGCGAAGAAUUGAUCAGGGUCGCCAUAUUGUGGCACGAACAGUGGCAUGAGGGAUUGGAAGAAGCUUCGCGUCUGUACUUUGGAGAUCGUAAUAUCAAGGGAAUGUUCGAUAUAUUGGAACCGUUGCACUGUAUGUUAGAACGGGGACCACAAACACUCAAGGAAACCUCAUUUUCACAGGCAUACGGACGAGAACUGACAGAAGCCUAUGAAUGGACACAGCGCUAUAAGUCGUCAAACGCUCUAACCGAUUUAGAUCAUGCCUGGGAUAUAUACUAUCAUGUAUUCCAGAAAAUAUCGCGCCAAUUGCCCCAGCUAACCUCUUUGGAAUUGCCGUACGUUUCACCCAAGCUCUUGGCAUGCAAAGAUUUGGAAUUGGCCGUACCGGGUUCGUACAAUCCAGGUCAUGCCCUAAUAAGUAUAAGCUAUAUUAAAACAAACCUCCAGGUUAUUACGUCAAAACAAAGACCGCGCAAGUUGUGUAUACGCGGUUCAAAUGGAAAAGACUAUAUGUACUUGCUUAAGGGUCACGAAGAUCUGCGACAAGAUGAACGAGUCAUGCAACUUUUCUCAUUGGUCAACACACUUUUGCUCGACGAUCCAGACACGUUCCGACGUAAUUUAGCCAUACAGCGUUAUGCUGUUAUACCGUUGAGUACGAAUUCGGGUCUCAUCGGUUGGGUACCACAUUGUGAUACCUUACACACUCUGAUACGGGACUACCGAGAUAAGAAGGGUAUACCAUUGAACCAAGAACAUCGUACUAUGCUGAGCAUAUCACCCGACUAUGAUCACUUGACCUUAAUGCAAAAGGUGGAAGUUUUUGAAUUUGCCCUGGCACAAACUCCUGGUGAUGAUCUGGCCAAGUUACUGUGGCUGAAGUCACCCUCAUCCGAGGUAUGGUUUGAACGACGUACCAAUUAUACACGUUCACUGGCUGUAAUGUCAAUGGUUGGCUACAUUUUGGGUCUGGGCGAUCGUCACCCCUCCAAUCUUAUGUUGGAUCGUAUGAGUGGCAAAAUACUGCAUAUUGAUUUUGGUGAUUGCUUUGAAGUGGCAAUGACCCGCGAGAAAUUCCCGGAAAAAAUACCCUUCCGUCUGACGCGAAUGCUUAUCAAGGCAAUGGAAGUGACUGGUAUCGAGGGCACCUAUAGACGCACCUGUGAAAGUGUCAUGAUGGUGCUGCGUCGCAACAAAGACUCUCUGAUGGCUGUCCUCGAGGCCUUUGUCUACGAUCCUCUGCUGAACUGGCGUUUGCUAGACACCGAAACAAAGAAUCAUCGAACCAAAAAUGCAAAUGACAAUACACACACCACCACUGGUAUGGCUGGUAACACUGCCGCAAGUCUAAGCAAUUCCGUUGAUGACAACAUGCUGCACAGCAAUACCAUGGCCAAGUCGAAGGCCUAUGAUGCGCAAUUCUCAACGGCUCUUUUGGCGGCGAACGCCAAUAAUGCUGACAUAACCAACAGCAAGGCUAGCAAGGUUAUAAAAAGGGUCAAACGAAAAUUGACCGGCACCGAUUUCCAGGCACAGACCAGUUACACUGUACAACAACAAGUCGAUUUGUUGAUACAACAGGCCACAAAUAAUGAAAAUCUAUGUCAGUGUUAUAUUGGUUGGUGUCCAUUUUGGUAGAUACGA